AUGCUGAGUGCGUUUCACAGGGAUCCAGGUCCAAAGGAGCCGCUGGACGCCAUCUUGAGGCGUCUGCAGGAGGACGUGGUGACUUUUGUCAAAGAGCAGCUGCAGAGGAUCCAAAGGCUCCUGGCCUCAGAUUACCCAGAAUGCUCUGAGAGUGAGGAGGAGAGCAGAGAGGUUCUGAAGAUCGCCCUGGACUUCCUGAAGAGGAUGAAGCAGGAUGAGCUGGUCCAGCGCCUGCAGAGCAGAAGCACUGUUGGAGUUUGUAGAGAUGAACUGAAGAAGCAGCUGCAGCCGAAGUUCAGCCGUGUGUUUGAGGGCGUGGCUAAAGCAGGAGACUCCGCCCCCCUGACCCAGAUCUACACAGAGCUCUACAUCACAGAGGGCGGGGCCUCAGAGGUCAACCAGGAACAUGAGACCUUCUACAGCUCUGGACAGAACCUGCUGAAGACACCACAGUCCUCUGAGAACCUGCUGAAGACACCACAGUCCUCUGAGAACCUGCUGAAGACACCACAGUCCUCUGAGAACCUGCUGAAGACACCACAGUCCUCUGAGAACCUGCUGAAGACACCACAGUCCUCUGAGAACCUGCUGAAGACACCACAGUCCUCUGAGAACCUGCUGAAGACACCACAGUCCUCUGAGUCUGAGGGAACCUUCUACAUCUGUGCUGUGGACCAGGCCUUACAGAGUCCAAACGGACACCUGGACCUGUUCCUGCGCUUCCUCCUGGGGCUGUCUCUGCCGACCAAUCAGAGGCUGCUGUCAGACUCAGACCUGCAGGACUUUGACCUGAGGAAAUACCAGGCUUCAGAGACAGCUCUCCUGGGUCUGCUGCCGGUGGUCAGAGCCUCCACCAAAGCCCUGUUGAGGGACAGUGGACUGUCCCCUCACAGCUGUGGUCCUCUGGCCUCAGUCCUCAGCUCCUCCAGUCUCACACACCUGGAUCUGAGUAACAACGACCUCCAGGACUCAGGAGUGGAGCUGCUGUGUUCUGGACUGAAGAGCGCCCCCUGUGGACUGCACACUCUCAGGCUGUCUGGAUGUCUGAUCUCAGAGAGGGGCGGGGCUGCUCUGGCCUCAGCUCUAAGCCCCGCCCCCUCCCAUCUGAGAGAGUUGGACCUGAGCUACAACCAUCCAGGAGGUUCAUCAGAGCUGCUGAAGGCUCUACAGGACGACCCACACUGCCCCCUGCAGGAACUCAGGUUGGAUCCUGCUGGAGAACAGUGGAUGGUUCCAGGUCUGAGGAAGUGUGAGUUUCUCAUUCACUUUAUAUAA